GCGGCCUUAUCUUCAUGAUAACUGUCAUCGUCUGUUAAGCGUGCCGUCUCAUACACGAUCGUCUCCUAUUAUUUUGUAUUACUCCUGAAUAUGAAUUACAAUUUCGUGAUUGCCAUGACUGAUAAGUGUUCCAAGUGUGAGGCUACUUCCAACAAUACGAAAGAUGUUCUAGAAUGCUGUGAGUGUAGGAAUUUCUAUCAUCCAACAUGCACCAAAGUUCGUACGAUAUUUUGAAAAAUGCAUCAGAUGUUCAGAGUAUCCGAUAAUGGUUUUGAGCUUCCUGAUAGCUCUGGACUCCUGCUUUAAUAUCUACUUCAUGAUGCAGGUGAAAAAUCCAAAUGUAGCUAUGAGUCAUGCAUCAUCAUUCUUAUUCAACAAUGCAUUCCACCUUCUUUGCUAUAACAGCGGUCAGCAAAUUUGCAAUCAGAAUGAAAUAUUCCGAAGACAUGUUGCAGAGCUUCCGUGGAUCAACAAGCCCAAGUGGUUCAAACAGAGCAUGCUAAUCAUGAUGAAUCGAGCUAAUGUCGACACUGAAAUAAAGCCCUAUGGAAUUUUCGUCGUCAAUCUCACAACGUAUAAGGAUGUCAGUCACUUUUCAAAUAAUAAUUUAUUCGUAUUCAUAAGGAAUGAGCAUAUUCUAGAUGACGGGCCCAUUUCAAAGCCUCAUAUAGGCCUACAUUAUUAGUAAUAUACUUUAGGCCCUACGCGAGUUGAUUUUGAAUGUUCAGUUUAUACACUUUACUGGAUGUCAGAUUUCUAAAGUGUGUCCAUUUGAAUAAUAAAAUUAAUCUGGACAUACUGAGAAAUUCUAAAGUAGGCCUACCCUUUCUCUUGUUUUUUCAUUAGUGGACCUAAGCUUGGAAUGAGUAAUUGAUUAAAAUUAUCCUAUCAAGUAUAAUAUGUAAUUUAAGUAUUAAAAUGAUUAUUAUUGAUAAUAUCGUUUUAUACAUUGCAUAUUGAAUGAAAAACGAGUUUUUAAUCCUGACAAA